AUGGUUGAAGACUCAAAUGUAUGGUCAGCUCUUGGAACCUGCAUUUCUCGGUGCUUAGAAAGCAAGCGUGGAAUUGUAAUUCCUAGUCUUGGUACUUUUACCUUUACCUCUCAAGUUUCAUUAGAAGGAGUUACGAGCCCUAAUUUACGAGAUCGUGAUGAUCGUUUACCUGUUUUUAUUGCAACCCCCGAUCUGGCUCCGAACGUCAGAGCUGGCUUGGUUCUUAGUUAAGAUAUAGAAAAAUUUCCCUGUGAUACCUAAAGGAUAUUUAUCUCCAUAUUGCUACAGCCGUCUAUCGGAUAUGCUCCUUCAGAAGUGGGCUUGAGUAUUAACUGGAUUUUAGUGGGAUGGGUCACCAUGAGGUAAGCCAAACUUGGCCUGCCUAUCUAGAAAUUCGAAAAAAAAAACUUUCUAGUAAAGAGUUAGACUAAGAUGGAAUUUUAGCCAAAGGCGAAACUCCCAGUAUCACGCUAGAAAUUGCCAAAUUGGCCCAGGGGAUCUUUCAGGGCUUUUCAUGUCAACUUUAAGCUUUCAUCUUUUGCAAAAGGUAAAAUUUUGGUCUGGAAUGAGCUGCAUUCGGCCUAAUCCGACAUUGCGCUUUGCAAAAUUUGGUAAAACCUGGCUGGAUGCACACUACCUAACGCAUCCUCUCUUCGACUAUUCCCUAAGUUUCCCAGCUACAGGGAGGGUUGAUUCGCCACAACAUUUUAAUGUAUAUACAUUAGAGCAGGUAUAUCUCAUCAAUCAGGCAUUAGGCCAUUUUCAGCUAAAGGAAUCAGUGGAAAAGUCCCUACAACCAAGCUGAAUUACGCUGAAUUCGCCAUCUUGACGAAUUCAACCAAAGAUGAAGGCAAAAACAAGGUAGACGAAGCCAUAAGACAUCUAGGGGAAUCACUAAAAGCAGGAAAAGACAUAAGAAUCCCUAUAGAAGGAGUAGGCAGUUUAGUAGGGAAAAAUGGAAUCGUGGCAGUUGUAUUUCAUAAAAAAUAUGAGCCCAAUCCAGCUGCAAUGACUGUUACAGAAGAUGGGGCAAAUUGGCUAAAAUCUAAUUUAGGCAUUGAUAUUACAAGGCCGAAUUCAAGUAGGACUGAAAGGGUGCCGAAAUUUCAGAAUCCAAAAGGAAGACCUUUGACGGCAGGGGCUAGACAAAUAAGAAGCAGUUCACAAAGGCCGAUAUCAAGCAACUCAGAAUUUUUGCAAGAAGACGAGACAACAAGGCUUGAUAGGCUGCAAGGCAUAGAGCCAAAAAUGAGGCCUUAUUCAGCUACUAAUCUCAAUACGCUUAAAAAGUUUGAAUCAGCUGUAAGACCGCAAUCUGAGCAAUUUCCAAGGCCUCAGCAGUCACAGUCAGCUUGAAUUUUGACACCUCAAGAGUCCCCACUCAACAUAGUCCGGCCUCCUUUGCAUUCAAAAUCUUCUAUCUCCCUUAACGAGUCAAGCCAAGUUGGAAACUUUUUAACCGAAAACCAAGCCAAAUAUAUUUUGACUUGCCAGUCUAAAGACCAGUCAAAUAGAGGAAUUUUGCCUUAUGACGAUUUUGUCCAGGUGCUUAGGAUGCUAGAAAUCCCAAACCUCACAGAAGAAGCUAUAAAUAAACUUAUUUUGAUAACAGGCUGCAGAAGUGCCAAUAAAAUCAGGUAUAUUGAUUUUAUAGACGCAUUAACAAAAAAAUCAUCAUUUAAAAAAACCAAUGGAAAAGGAUCGGUCGCUUCAGAUUUUACUGCAAAUUAUAACAGAAAUUCAAUUAUGCCCAUUGUAAAUUUAAUUUGGGAUAAAAAAUUAGUUAUAGCUGAGCUCUCUGGGAGUGGCGGGAUGAGACCUAGGGUAGCUUUAAUUCCAUCUGAGCUAUUAGCGCUGCUAAAAAAAGCAGGGAUUCAAAUAAAUAUUCAUCAAUUAAAAGCAAUUUUAAGGGAAGGGAAUAUGACUUCUGCAUCAGCACUUGAUUUGUUGAAAUUGGUAAAAGAUUUUAUAAAUCCUGCGUCAGAUUCUUCUGUAUUAAGCGAUAUAAUGAGCGAAGCAAAGUUUUCAAGGCCGAACUCAGCUGUAGUUUACGACGACCAGCUUGAAAAAAUCAGGAAUUUUUUAAGAAAUUAUGAUCUACAAGAAGUUUAUAACGAAAUCAGUGAAGGCGGCACUCUUAAUGCUGAGCAGUUUAUUUCAUUUAUAUGUGAAAAAAGUGAAGGAAGAAUCAAAGGCCACGAGGCCCACAAAGCAUUUUUAUUAGCAAGCCAAGGAAUCGAUACUAUAGCUGAGGUCGAUUUUUGUAGAGCUUUUCAAAUAUACCAGCAGCCUAAACAUAUUGAAAACAGAGGGAUGAUUAAGCUAAAACACUGGCUUAGAAACGCAAAAAUCACAACUGAACAAGGUUUUCAGCACCUUUUACAAGCGGCCAGCUCUGCUGAUACCUUAGACAGAGAACAGUGGAAAAUAGCAAUGAGGGAGUUUGACUUUAAUGCUUAUGAAGCUGAAAUAUUAUUUGACGCUUUAGAUGUAAAACAUGAUAACGUCAUUGAUCUUGCAGAAUGGAUAAAUAGGAUUUAUGAAGAAGCUGGGCCUUUACAAAGCUUAAGAGACACCUUUAUAGGACACAAUUUAAGCGCUGAAGACUUAUUAAUUAAACUUAAUGCCCAAGGCAAACAAAGGCUGAGUAUUGAAGAAAUGGCGAAUGCGCUGCAAAGAAUGGACCCAACUCUGACAACUGGAAAUGCAGUCGAUAUGGCUCGAGCGGCUUCAGGGAAAAAAGGGUAUGUGGAUAUUCAAGAUUUUCUGGUUCAAAUUUCGCAGAAGCCAUUUGAGUUUGAAGGGGAUUGGAAAAAACAAAUUCUCAGAAAAAUCCAACUAAAAAUCAGUGGAGAUAUAGCUUCUUUUAAAAAAAUUUUUGAAGAAUGUGAUGAAAGAAACACAGGGAAACUACCUAUGUCUACAUUUCAAGAUUGCAUAUACAAAGCUAACGCUGGUCUUAAUGAAAUUGAAAUUGACAGGCUAGGACGAGUUCUUGACAAUGGCCAACAUUUAGUUGACUACACUGAAUUUCUUGAUCACCUUGAAGGGCCACUUUUGCCACCUCAAGACCCCUUAAAAUCAACCAUUAUCCGUAUCCAAGUCUUCAUGAAGCAAAAUGGCCUAACCCACAGCAAGCUAUUAAAAAAAAUGGGAAAGCAUGUAAGUGUCCAGACUUUCGCUGAUUUUAUAUCGAGGAAACUGCAGAAAAAGCUGGAUAAAUCCACUAUUUAUGAAGUCGCUAACAAGUUUGAUGUAAAUAAAGAUGGAUUUAUUGAUAUCCACGAUCUCAAUGCUACACUUUCUGGGAAGUCUUUUAAAGACAUAAAUAGUGAAAAAUCAUUCCCAGCCCAAAGACUAGCCCCAGAUAGGGCAAAAUCUGUAAUAAAAGAUAUAAGAAGAGCUCUAGUUGCAAAAAGAAUGAGCUAUUAUGAUGCUUUUAGGGCUUUUGAUGCAGAAAAUAAUGGAGUUUUAUCUGCCCAGGAGUUUUAUGAUGGGCUGGACAAAAUAAUUGAGCUUUCUCAGCCGGUAAAAGAUGGACUUUUUGCUAUUAUGGAUAAACAAAGCAUAGGGAUCGUGACUCGUGAGAGUUUUAUUGCUGUCUUAAAAGACACAAAUAUAGAGCCAUCUGUGUUUGGAGACUCGUGGGGAUGGGAAAAUGAGACUUUAACCAAAAUAAGGCAGUGGAUUUAUAAAGAAAAUUUGACUGUUGAAGAAGCUUUUAGGGCUUUUGAUAAGGAUUUUGAUGGGGUUAUCAAUAAAAAAGACCUUGAAAAGGCUUUGGUAGAUGUUCUUAAAUUGGAAGAAAGAGAAUGCUACUCAAGCAAAGUAGAUAGGCUUUAUAAACUUCUAGAUACUUAUAACUCCUUCUCCUUGUUAAUUAACAAAUCCAUUGGGAAAAUUAGCCUAGAUAAAUAAAAUAUUUUUGAUAUAAAGAGAUCUCCAGCUAAUUAUAUUUUAGACACAUUUGCAUUUCAUAUAUUUAAAACUCCAGAAAAAAAAAUAUUGCACUCUAACCAAGGGGAGAUUAAGAGAAAUUCUAUACAGCUAUCUGAUUUCAAACUGCUUUUUGAAGAAAACAGAAGUCCAGAAUGAAAAGAAAGUGCAAAGCAGCAACUUGGACUAUUUUUGUCAAAAAAUUAUAGUGACAUACAUGAGUCAUUUGAGACGAUAGGCGAAAUGACUGGUAAAAUCACAUUAGACCAGUUCAUCUCUUGAAUAGAAAAGAAGCAAGUCCUAAACGGCUUCAACCUGACCCCAAACCUUCUCCGAGAACUUUUUACAUAUUUCGAUCCUCACCGCAAAGGUUACUUAACGGAGCAAGAUUGAUUCCAUGCAGGAGGUAACAUAAGCCAUAUAAAGCAAAACGUUCAAGAAAUUAAAGACGCUAUUAGAAGCAAUUUUGCUGAUGUAAAUUCUGCAUAUGAGUAUUUCCUAACUCUGCUCAUUUAUUAAAUGAACUACAAUUUAGUAGAGGAUUGAAGAUUUUUGUAAAAAAAUUAUUAUUUUAUUGCUUUAUUUUCAACAAAAAGAUUUGCAAUAUAAAAAUCGUUCAAUUAAGCGUAAUUUUCCAAAAUUUGAGAAAUUUUUAAUAUGAUUUGAUUAAGGUUGAAGAAGUAAGCUACCACAACUCAAUUUCCCAAAAUAUCCUCUACCAAGAGUUUGAGCAAGCCAUUCAAGCUUUAAUCCCUAACAGAUUUAAAGCUGCUGACAUCAAAAAAGCCUGGGACUCAAUUUCCAAAGAAGCCUCUAUCUCAGAAUCCGACUUCAAACGGCUAUUCGAUGAUGGGCACUUUAUGAGCACUUUUUCCCUAUCAAAAUCCUCCCACAAUUUCACUAAAACAGCCAGUUCAAAUUCAAAAUUAACGACAUCCCUGUCAAUUUCUUCAUAUAACUCUGACACCGAUCCACUAAAAAAACUGCAAAAAUUGAUAAAAGCGAGUCCUUUUACUGUUGAAGAAAUUUUUAAACAAAUGGAUACUGAUGCGUCUGGGAAACUUUCAGCGAUUGAGUUCAGAAAUGCAAUGAGAAAGCUUGGGCUUGGCCUGACAGCAAGAGAUAUAGAGCUGGUUGUAUCAAGAAUUGAUACAAAUAACGACGGGCUAAUAGACUGGCAAGAGUUUUCAAGGCAUUUUAAAGAUACAGAAGCAGAAAGCCAUAUAAAGGCAGCAUCUAGCUUAAGACUAAACACACUUAAAGACCAUAUGAGCCAUUACAUGCUGUCUCCAAAAGACGCUUUUGAACAAUUUGACACACAGAGAUCAGGCAAGCUCUCCUUUAAUGCUUUUUCUGCCUUAAUAAAGCGACUCUGUGAGCUUGCCAAUGAGCCAUUUCCCCCUUUUAAUGUGAUAAAAGACCUUUUCGAUAUCAUAGAUAUCCGAAAAGAUGGGUUUUUAGACAUGAGGGAGUGGCUUAACACCUUUAAAUUAAGCAAAACAGACAGCUGGGAGGACUCAAAGUUAUUUGAAGACGUCAGUAAAUUAAUUGCAAGAAACAGAAAACUCUUGCAAUUGACCUUUGAAAUUGUAGCAAAAGAUGGGAGAGUUGAGUAUAACCAAGCCAGAGAAAUAUUAGGAAGUGUAUUAAAAGAGGUCAGGCUAAAUGAAGAGCAGUGGAAAAGUACAUUGGGAGUUGCUAUGAGGAGCGGGAUGGUGGAUUAUAGGUUUUUACUGGAAGUAUAUAAAGAAAGGGCUGUCACAAAGCAGUCACAUCCAAAACCUUUAUAA